AUGCUGCGAGAGGCACUGACGAGCGUGGAGGCGCUGGACAAGGCUUUGGACGCGUGGGAGCUGAGACGGCUACUAGGAGGGAAGUACGACGCGUUCGGGGCGGUUUUACAGAUAUACGCCGGUGCUGGGGGGUUGGACGCGCAAGACUGGACGGAAAUGCUCGAACGAAUGUAUUUAGGGUGGUGUGAAAAGAGAGGAUUCGCCGUACGCGCGACGGAGCGAUUGGAAGGCGAGGGUGGAGGAUUGAAGACGGCCACGCUCGAAGUCGAAGGGCGCUAUGCGUACGGAUAUCUGAGCUCGGAAAAGGGUACACAUAGACUGGUGAGGCAGAGUCCGUUCAACAAAGACGCAGCACGCCAGACGAGUUUCGCUGCCGUCGAUGUGAUUCCGCUCUUCGAGGAAGACAUGGAGGAAGUUGUGAAAGUGCCGGACACCGAUUUGGAAGUCACGACGAUGCGUUCGGGCGGUGCAGGCGGUCAAAACGUUAACAAAGUUGAGACGGCGGUUCGAAUUAAGCACAUUCCAACUGGUAUAACUGUUAAAGCCGAAGAACAUCGCACGCAACAGUUGAACAGGCAAGCGGCGAUGUUGAGAAUCAAAGCAAAACUCACCGCGUUGGCUGAGGAAGCGCGCGUGGCGGACAUCGCCGAACUUCGAGGGGACAUCGUCAAGGCGGAGUGGGGUCAGCAAAUUCGAAACUAUGUACUGCAUCCGUACAAACUUGUUAAGGAUGUUCGAACGGGAGUCGAGACAAGUGACGCUAAUAAAGUCUUAAACGGUGCUCUCGACGAGUACAUGAAUGGAUAUUUGCGCUGGAAGGCGGCAUCGGAUAGGUAG